AUGCAGGUAGAACAACAAAUUCCCUCUCCCGACAUGAUUCCGCUUACUGAAAUUGAUGGGGAAUCUGGAAGCAAUUGGAUUAAAAUGAUGACUAAAAAAAACUAUAUUAAUUCGAUUGACUACACUGAGUUUGGGAAUAUUGAUCAUCUUGCCAUUGGAGAUUCGAGUGUUAUCCAGAAAGCUGUAUGGAUAACGAAGGAAAAGGAAGUAGUCUUAAAAAAAGUUUUACCUGAUGAAUUAAUAAUAGAACAAGUUGAGCACGAAGAACUUGUUAAAGAGAUUAAAGCAUUUAAUUCAAUAAAUGAUAAUCUAAAUGAUGUAGACCGUAAAUAUAUCGUCGAAUUUUUUGGAAUAUCAAGUAGAGAAGAAUUUUUCUUAGUAUUGGAGUAUGCGGAUAAAGGCGACCUAGAAACUUAUUUAAUUCAAACUCCUUUAAAGUGGGAACAAAAGGUUAAUAUUACACGGCAAGUCACGUGCGGUCUUCGUUUUCUACACACAAAUCAAAUUUUGCACCGUGAUUUGCACACAGGGAAUGUAGUUAUUAAAAGUGAUAAUAGUAAUUUGGGAAUUAGAGCAAUUAUCAUCGAUUUUGGACUUUCCAGAGUUGUUUCGCGCAAUAGUAGAUCGAAUCAACAUGUAAAAGGACGUAUUAUAUUUAUGGAUCCAAUUAUAUUAAAUAGGCUAUGCAUUACGUUUGGGGAAAUUUAUACUUAUUCUUCUGAUAUAUAUAGCCUUGGAGUAAUAAUGUGGGAAAUUUCAAGCAAUGGUCAAAGAAUGCCGGAAGAUGAUGCAAAAAUAUUUGCUAAUUUAAAUCGCAAACAUGUAAAACCAGUGGCUGGAUCCACUCUCUCUUUCGUUGAGCUCUAUGAGAAAUGUUGGGAUGAGAAUCCGGGCAAUCGACCUGAUAUUAAUUGUGUUUAUGAAUUGAUUCAUAAAGAUGAUAUUAUAUCAGGUGAAAAAGUUCCCGCUGAAUCAG